AUGUUUUGUAAUUGGACGUGGAUUAAAGGAAUAUUAUGGAAUGAUUCAGGUGGAUAUCGUAAAAUGCCCAGUCAUAAAUAUCAAGUUUCAGAUUUUAGGCAAGCUCCGUACUUGAUGACAGGUUCAGGAAUUGGAAGUGGUUUGCGUAUUGUGGAAGUAGGAGGUAUUGGCAAUAUUUAUCCGGUCAUAAAAUGUGACAAAUUUUUCGAUCUAAAGGCCAUAUGCACUAAAAGCGAUAUGCCAAAUGCUUUUGUGUUCGGCCCAGGUGCCGGUCCCUGGCACGUUAUUGGAAGUAAUUGCGAAAUGGUCGCUGAUGCGAACUUUGUGAAUCCGAGCAACCCUGUGAUUGCUUCUAAAAUUAUAAAAAUCAAUGCAGAUAAUAAAGCUUAUGAAUUGUCUACUACCAAUUCUUCAUAUUUCUCACUCAUGGCGAAUUUAGCAUUAAGCAAUGCAAAUGAACCUGCAGACGUUGUGCAUAUUCAUGUGAAGAAAAGGUUAACUGAUACCAAUUUUCCCGAAUCAGUUCGAAGAACUGUUGGUGCCUAUUACGGAAAAAAUCUUGUUUCCAUUGCUGGAAUCUUUUUGGUGAAAGCUGGUAAAAUUAAAAUGCAUGUUAUGCCAAAUUUUCCAUCUCCGAAUUAUUGCUGGAAAUCAGCUGAUGAGGUAAGAGAAUGGUUGAAAUAUUUUGAAAUGAGUGCUCCUGUUAUCUGUGCCUGUGUAAUUCACUCAACGAAUAAUGAAGAGCGUAAACUUCGUAUGGAACACACACAUUGUUAUAGUGAACAUGGUGAUGGUGGUCAUUACCAUUGUGAUUUGUCACCUGAAAUAGUUGAAUAUGAAGGUUAUUUUGCUCCUGCUGAAUCUGUUUAUCGUAUCGACCUUGUUUAA